AUGGCGGAAGAAGAUAUCAACAAGAUGAUGAGCUCCGACGGGGAGAUAUCAUCAAUGGCAGAGAGGGCGGCGAGUCUGUUGCGGGAACUGCGGCAACUGAUCGAGGACGGCUGCGCCGCCGCCAAACCCCUCGCCGAGAUGGUCGAGUACUGCGCCAAGCACGCCGCCGGCGACGAAGCUGAAGGCAAGGAAGAGGAGGUAUUAGAUGAUGGCGAGUCCAGCGACGAUGAGGAGGAGACGGACAUGCUCAGGCUGGAGGCCAGCUCGAUGGACGUGGAGAACAUGCUCAGCGUGGCCGCGCAGCGCACGGCGGAGCUCAUCAAGGACAAGGACAAGCCGCCGGAGCCAGAGCCGUCGCCGGAGCCAUCGCCGGAGAACGACCCCUUCCACGGCUUUCACAGUUUGCAUUCAUUUACUGAGCACUGCUACACGGACUAA